AUGAAAAUUAUUAUAAAAUUUCUUUCAAUUACAAUACCAACACCAGUAUCUUUCCUAAUUUUAUUAUUUUUAAAUAUAAUAAUUCAAUUAAUUUCUAAUUUCAAAUUUAAAUUUUCAAGUAAUAUUUAUCUAAAUGAUGUAUCAAAAUUAAAUGAAACUGAAAUUCAUUGUUUAUUUUAUCCUCGAACAAUAAAUGAUAUUGAAUAUUUAAUAUCAAAAGCUAAAUCUCAAGGUAGAACAAUAUCUGUGCGUGGACAAGCACAUACAAUGGGUGGACAAACAUUACCAUUAAGAAAAAGUCAUCAAACAAAUUAUGUUUGUGAUUUAAAAUAUAUGAAUCAUGUUGAAUAUGAUGAAUAUACAAAAGAUGUUUUUGUUGAAGCUGGUGCAACAUGGACUCAUGUUAUUCAUAAACUUAAUUUAUAUGGUCGAUCACCAGUAGUUAUGCAAAGUUAUUGUACAUUUAGUGUAGCUGGAACAAUAUCAGUUAAUGCACAUGGAAUUACAUCUGACGAUGCUAUGGUUGAAUCAGUUAUUAGUAUUGAAUAUAUUGAUAUGAAUGGUCGAAAAGGUGAAUGUAGCCGAGAAAGAGAUUCAGAAUUAUUUUCAUUACUCAUUGGUGGAUAUGGUCUUUUUGGAAUUAUUACUCGAUUAAAAUUAAAAACAGUAUCGAAUGUAAAGACUUCAUUGGAAUAUAUUCGAUUACAAGUAAAGUUUAUAUUAAAUAUAAUUUACUUAUAGACGUAGAUAAAAUCUUAGAAAAGAGAAAAAGCAACGGUGUACUAAUAUGAGAAUAAUUUUAUCAUAAACAUAAAUGAUAAAUUUUGUUUAGUAUCGUGAUUUCAAUCUCGAGAUGUUUCUGUUCGUCUCUAAUCUUCAUUUGAACAGUUUCGAAUCUGAUGAAAAUAUGUUCGAUAGAAAUCUAAAACUAUCUUCAGAUUGUUUCAAUAGGUCCAAAAUAUUUAUUGUACAGAAUACUAUUUUAGUUAAUUUUGUAUUUCAAUUGAAACCUAUCAAAAAUAGAAUGCAAAGGAGUUUUGUGGGGUAAACUUCGCUCUACAAAGAGUGCUGUUUAUUUUUGUACUUUUAAAAGUAUUUUUUUACUAAUUCCGAUUUCCAUAGAAAUUAGUUCUUUAAUAGAAACGCAUGUAUGAGCUUUUGCUUAUUUUAAUAUCUCAUUUUGUACAGAAUUCAGUAAUAUUGAGUUGAAGUUGCUUGAAGACACAAAACAAGAAUAGUGGCAAAACCACUAUUUACUUUGUUCAGCUCUGCUAUUAAUUGACCGUUUCCCAGUUCUAAACAGUUGUCUUUGUGCGAAUAUAUUGUACUAAGACUUUCGAGUUAUAGUUUAACAUAUGAAAACUUGAAUUUUUAAACAAAGAAUUAAUAUUGUAUAAUAUUAAAUUAUAUAAAAAAAAGUAUUUUAAUUUUUAGUUAGAUCAAUUUUCUAACUAUUAUGAGC